GAGGGGAGGAGUGAAUCAAGAAGAAAUUUAUAGGGCGUAUGAGGAAGUUACUAAAGACGGGGUAAAAACAGAAGAGGACCUUCAUUGUAACCGAGCCAUAGGACUAACCACUUUCAAAAUGCCCGGAAAGAAAGUCUGCAUCGUUGGAUCUGGAAACUGGGGCUCCUCCAUCGCCAAAAUCAUCGGGCGCAAUGUCAAAGCGUCCAACCGCUUCGACCCAAUGGUCAACAUGUGGGUGUAUGAAGAAAUGAUCGAUGGGAGGAAGCUCACGGAGAUCAUCAAUACGGAUCAUGAAAAUGUCAAAUAUCUACCAGGUCACAAGCUGCCCAGGAAUGUGAUCGCUGUCCCAGACAUCACAGAGGCCGUCAAAGGAGCAAAGAUCCUCGUGUUUGUGGUCCCGCACCAGUUCAUCGGCAAGCUCUGUGAUCAGAUGAAGCCUCACAUCGUAGAGGGAACCAUCGGGAUAUCGCUCAUCAAAGGUAUAGAUGAGGGACCAGAUGGAUUGAAGCUCAUCUCAGACAUCAUCCGAGAAAAACUGGAGAUUGAGGUCAGCGUCCUGAUGGGGGCCAACAUCGCUAGCGAGGUGGCAGAUGAGAAGUUCUGUGAAACCACCAUUGGGGCCAAAAAUGAGGGAAACGGCCAAAUCUUCAAAGAGCUGCUUCAGACUUCCAACUUUCGCAUCAACGUCGUACAUGAGAGCGACACAGUGGAGAUGUGCGGAGCCUUAAAGAAUAUUGUGGCAGUAGGUGCUGGAUUCUGCGAUGGCCUCGGUUUCGGCGACAACACCAAAGCGGCGGUGAUCAGGCUGGGUCUGAUGGAAAUGGUCGCCUUCUCCAAACUGUUCUGCAAAAGCCAAGUGAGCUCCUCCACCUUCCUGGAAAGCUGCGGCGUGGCCGACCUCAUCACCACCUGCUACGGGGGACGGAACCGUAAAGUUGCCGAGGCCUUCGUCAAAACAGCCAAGUCAAUCGCUGAACUGGAGGCAGAAAUGCUCAACGGCCAGAAGCUUCAGGGUCCCCAGACUUCGGCUGAGGUCUACAAGAUCCUGCAAAAGAACGACAUAGUCAACCAGUUUCCCUUGUUUGCAGCCGUCUACCAGAUCUGCUUUGAGGGCAAAGAGGUGAAAGAGUUCAUCACCUGUCUGCAGAACCAUCCAGAACACAUGUAAUGUGGCCAGUCUGCAGGCAGGUCCACCAGCUGCUCCUUCAGUAACAAUUUACCAUCACUAGAGGGUGAAAGAGGUUCAUAAGGCAGAGACGCACAAUACAACAAAGCAAACUCAACCACUUUUUACUUAAGAUCAUUUUUUAUCGGUGACUUUUCAUUAAAAAAAACUAACAAACUAUAUUUGUUCUUAGCUUCAAAAGCAAUUUAUUUAAUUGACUUUGUUCUUAUUUUGCGAAAGGUUCUUUAAUAUUUUUUGGGCUUUUGUGCAGUGAAGUAAUAAUAUCAAUUAAAUGAUACAAAGCUGUAUUUUUUAACUGUGGUUGGUAUAAAACUCUCUCUAAGGCAGACCACUCCACUUGUAUUCCUACUAUAAUUGCUGUAAAAAGUAAUUUUGUAUUGUGUCACUUUAAUCUUUCUUCUUUGGGGGCUGAAACAAUUAUUUUGUAUUUUUCUGUGUUCAGUUGUAUGAAAUGUGCAGCUCUGUCCUUGACUGACUGCAUAAUUAUUUCAUUGUUUUAAGAUAAGGCAGCUGAUGUGGCUGUUUCUGUAGAAAUACUCAAAACAAGCCAGACUCCUUAAUUCAAAAUCUUAAUGAAAGUACAUAAGUAUUGGCAUAGGUGAUAAAAAAUAAUCAUAAUGAUAAAAAGCUUUUUGUUAUUUCUUAUCUCACUGAUUUGUGUAUGUUUUAGUCAAACUACAUCAUAGUCGAACAGAAAUUGUAGUUUAGGAGUUUUGUAGGAGUUUUUUUCAAAAAUGAUGAUAAGAUUCAGAGGAAAAAAUUCACAUUACUUAAAAUUCAUUUUUUGUUUUGCUGUGCAGAUAGCUGCAACAACAGGCCUCAAAUCAGCAACAAUAUGCAUUUUUUGACUUUCAAGUGUUAGUACCAUCUAUAAAUUCCCUAAAAGUUUAUUACCUGGAAUCCAUGACAAUAAAACUUACGAAUCAAGCCAGAA